AUGGAGAGCCCCCGUCUUCGGCCGCUGGCCCUGUUGGGUGCCGCCCUGCUUUUGCUGCUACCUCUGCUGGGCGCCGGGGCCCAGGAGGACGCUGAGCUCCAGCCCCGAGCCCUGGACAUCUACUCUGCCGUGGAGGAUGCCUCUCAUGAGAAGGAGCUGAUCGAAGCGCUACAGGAAGUCCUGAAGAAGCUCAAGACUAAAAGUAUUCCAAUCUAUGAGAAGAAGUAUGGCCAAGUCCCCAUGUGCCACGCUGGGGAGCGGUGCGCAGUGCGAAAAGGAGCGAGGAUUGGGAAGCUGUGCGACUGUCCCCGAGGAACCACCUGCAAUUCUUUCCUUUUGAAGUGCUUGUGA